AUGUCGCAUCUCAACUACGAGACCCGUCUCCCACUUGGACAAGCCACCAUCGAUCACUUCAUGGGUCUUCCAGCCCAUCCAUCCAAGUGUCAGGCGACAUACGUUUGGAUCGAUGGAACCGGAGAACAACUUCGUGCCAAGACCCGUACAUUCGACGUGAAGCCAAAGUACGUUUCCGAGUACCCGGUCUGGAAUUACGAUGGAUCGUCGACAGGACAAGCCGAGGGUGACAACUCGGAUCGCUACUUGAGACCAGUCGCCGUGUUUCCUGAUCCGUUUUCGGGAGGACACAAUGUAUUGGUAAUGUGCGACACUUUGGAUAACGAGAUGAAGCCAACAGGUGUGUACAGGGGUCUCUUCUUCUCUGUGAGAGUUUGCGUCACCACUGGGUAA